UCGCCGUCGUGACGUCACUCGCUGGACUGGACGGGGCGGGGGGCGCGCGCACACACCGCGGCCAGCGGCGACUUUUUCCUCUUUAUUUUUCAUCAUCUUCUCCCUAAAAACACCCUCAUCGUCCCCGAAACACGCCGAGCGAGUCUCCCGGCGGCUGAGGAGCUCCGUCAUCGACGGGAUUGCGGGUGAUCGGGCGCGCGCGGCCUCCGCCGAAAACUUUCUCAGCGGCGCUCGUGACCGCGGCUAACGGACACCGGCGGCUCCGGACUUCACGAGAGAAGGAUCCGGCAGUCACCCGCGCGGAUAACGGAGAAAUAACGACAAAUACGGUCAAAGGCUGCGUGUAAAUAUAAAUAGAGUGUAAGUCGGUGAGCCGGAGCGCCCCCGCAGGAGUCCGCCGGUAAACUCCCGGUAAACACCGGAGACAUCCGCUCUCCGUGAAGGAGAGCAGAUAUCUGAACAUCACUCUAUCUGCAGUGAUGAGAUGAGAAUGAUCCACACAUAUAACACAGAGACUGAUGAUGAAACACUGAACCACAGACGACUGAAGAUGUGAGGACACUGUGACUGAUGGCCGCCUCAGUGAAGGUAGCGGUGAGAGUUCGGCCCUUCAACUCCCGCGAAACCAGCCGAGAUGCUAAAUGUGUCAUACAGAUGCAGGGAAGCUCCACCUGCAUCUGGAACCCCAAACAGCCCAAAGAACCAGCCAAGAACUUCAGCUUCGACUAUUCGUACUGGUCUCACAGCACGGAGGACGACCCAGCCUUCACAUCCCAGCGGCAGGUGUAUCUGGACAUCGGUGAGGAGAUGCUGCUUCACGCCUUCGAAGGCUACAACGUCUGUAUAUUCGCCUACGGUCAGACCGGAGCCGGAAAAUCCUACACCAUGAUGGGAAGACAAGAGCCUGGACAACAAGGCAUCAUUCCACAGAUGUGUGAGGAUCUGUUCAAGCGCACCAGUGAGAACACGGAUCCGGAUCUGUCCUUCUCUGUAGAGGUGUCCUUCAUGGAGAUCUACUGCGAGCGCGUGCGGGAUCUGCUGAACCCCAAGAGUAAAGGAGCGCUGCGGGUGCGAGAGCAUCCCAUCAUGGGGCCGUACGUCGAGGAUCUGUCCAAACUCGCCGUGACCUCCUACGCUGACAUCAGUGACCUCAUGGACGCGGGGAACAAGGCCCGGACGGUGGCAGCCACCAACAUGAACGAGACCAGCAGCCGAUCACACGCCGUCUUCACCAUCGUCUUCACUCAGCGCCGAAGAGAUCAGCUGACCAGCCUCGACACAGAGAAGGUCAGUAAGGUGUGUGUGUGUGUGUUACGUGUCUCUCUGCAGGUCAGUAAGGUGAGUCUGGUGGAUCUGGCGGGCAGUGAGCGAGCGGAUUCCUCCGGAGCUAAAGGCGUGAGAUUAAAGGAAGGUGCUAAUAUCAAUAAAUCUCUCACCACGCUGGGGAAGGUCAUCUCCGCUCUGGCUGAAAUGCAAAACAGCAAAAGAAGGAAGAGUGAGUUCAUCCCGUACAGAGACUCCGUGCUCACCUGGAUACUGAAGGAGAACCUGGGUGGUAAUUCUCGUACAGCUAUGAUCGCUGCUCUCAGUCCUGCAGAUAUUAAUUAUGAGGAAACACUCAGCACUCUCAGAUAUGCUGACCGUGCCAAGCAGAUCCGCUGUAACGCUGUAAUUAACGAGGAUCCAAACGCUCGUCUGAUCAGAGAACUGAAGGAGGAAGUGAACCGACUCCGAGAUCUGCUGCUGUCACAAGGACUGAGCCGGCUGAUCACUGCUCCAGCUGCUGAAGUCAAUAACAACCGUGUGGGCAUCAAUCUAAUGCCUGCUGACCCCGCCUCCAAUGGAGCUCCACCCACAUCUGCACCCGCCCUGGGAGAAGGCCCCGCCUCUGAGAGUGACCCCGCCUCUCUGGAUGGCCACGGCCAAUUAGAAGAGUUUCAGGGCGAGAUGAUUACCAAUGAGGAGGCAGUGGAGAGACUGAAGGAAACAGAGAAGAUCAUGGCUGAGCUGAAUGAGACGUGGGAGGAGAAGCUGAGGAAGACCGAGUCGAUCCGACUGGAGAGGGAGACGAUCCUGGCUGAGAUGGGAGUGUCCAUUAAAGAGGAUGGAGGAACUGUUGGAGUGUUUUCACCUAAAGGGACUCCUCACCUGGUAAAUCUGAACGAGGAUCCACUGAUGUCUGAGUGUCUGCUGUACUACAUCAAAGAGGGUGUGACCAGGGUUGGUCAGAAGGAUGUGGACAUCAAGCUCAGUGGUCAGUUUAUCAAAGAACAGCACUGUGUGUUUUACAGCUACAUCAACCAGAAUGGAGAAGUGGCCGUGACUCUGGAGCCGCUGGAGGGAGCGGAGACGUACGUGAACGGGAAGCAGAUCACCGAGUGUGUGCUGCUCAAACAGGGCAACCGUAUCGUGAUGGGCAAGAACCACGUGUUCCGGUUCAACCACCCGGAGCAGGCGCGUCUGGAGCGUGAGCGCAGCAGCUGUGUGGAGCAGCAGGGAGAGCCGGCCGACUGGAACUACGCUCAGAGAGAGCUGCUGGAGAAACAGGGCAUCGACAUCAAGCUGGAGAUGGAGAGGAGGCUACAGGACGUGGAGAUUCAGUAUCGGAGAGAGAAAGAGGAAGCAGAUCUACUGCUGGAGCAACAGAGACUGUACGCAGAUUCAGACAGCGGAGAUGAUUCUGACAAGCGUUCGUGUGAAGAGAGCUGGAGACUCAUUUCAUCCCUGAGAGAGAAACUACCAGCUAACAAGGUUCAGUCCAUAGUGAAGCGCUGUGGUUUACCCAGCAGUGGCAAGCGGCGCGAGCCUCUCCGAGUCUAUCAGAUCCCGCAGCGCAGACGCAUCAGCAAAGACCCCGAGCAGGUGACCAUGAGCGACCUGAAGCUGCAGGCGGUGAAGGAGAUCUGCUACGAGGUGGCGCUCGGAGACUUCAGGCACUCACGGCGAGAGAUGGAGGCGCUGGCCAUCGUCAAGAUGAAGGAGCUCUGCCGCAUGUACAACAAACGAGACGCGGCCGAGAAGGACACGUGGAGGGAGGUGGCACAGGACGUGUGGGACACGGUGGGCAUCGCAGACGAGCGCUCGCUGGAGAACACAGACGGAGAGAGCGGCUCAGCGGACGGAGAGAGCGGCAGAACCGGCGUCUACAACCUGAAAGCACACAUCGACAAACUGACCGAUAUUCUACAAGAGGUUAAAGAGCAGAACAACAUGAAGGACGAGGAGAUCAAAGCCCUCCGAGACCGCAUGAUGAAGAUGGAGAGCAUCAUCCCAGCAGUGCAGCAGGAUAAUGAUGAUGAAUCAGAGGAACUGCUUGCAUAUGGCGAUCAGGGGCGGGGCGAUGAGCAGGAUGGGUGUGGCCCUCUGGAGCUCCUCCCCAAACAGGAGCGAGUGUCACGGCUGAUGGAAGAAGACCCCGCCUUCCGUAGGGGCCGCCUGCGCUGGCUCAAACAGGAGCAGCUGCGUCUGCAAAACCUGCAACAGCAGCAGAUCACCAAGCGUCUGCGCAGAGGGGGCGGAGCCGGGGGCGGGGCUGGGGCCGGGGAGGGCGUGGUCCACCUUCCUGGAACAGGACGCUUCAUUCCCCCUCAGGACUGCAAGCUGAAAUUCCCCUUUAAGAGCAACCCGCAGCACCGGCUCUCCUGGGGCCCGAAUGUGUCCGUCACAGUGGACGACCUCAAGGACGAGCGCAGCGAGGGACGAGGCCCCGCCCCCGGCGUGCCGUUACUUCCUCUACCGUUCCAAGUGCCGGUUGUCAUGCGCGCGCCCUCCCCCAGUCGCCCCUGGCAACCUCGCCAAUACAGCAACGGUAACUUUGGCAACGGCAAUCAGUUUCCUCAGCAACAGUGGCACUACAGGCGCAACUCACUGGACAGCAGCACCAUGCCUGGCAACCAGAGUUACUACAGCAACGGUCACCACAACAAUAACGGCUCACAGCAGUCAAACCGCGGUCGCUAUCGGCGACAGUCGCCGGGCCCUUGCACACGUGGGGAGGGGGCGUACACACCGAUGUACGUCAAUCAUCAGCGGCCCGCCUUCCAGACCUACCAGACUCUACCGCACACACUCGUGGAUCAACAGCACGGCAAAUACCAAAAACCGCAGGGCUACGUCACCCCGCCGCGCAUGAGACGCCAGUACAGCGCCCCCGACCUGAAGAGCAAAGAAACGCCCAUCUGAUGUGUGCGUGACCGCUGUUUUACCGCCGUUCACUUAUGAUGUCAUGAAUACAAGCCAAGUUGUUUUGAUGGGUUAGUCUCGUGUAGGCAGACUAUCAGUAGAAAGAGUUAAUUCUGGCCCACUUUAGACAGGAAGAGAGUGUUUGAGUGACAGGUAAGACCCGUUCGCUAUGAGAACAAUUACUAUGAUGAUGGUUUUAUAUUCAUUUUUAAAGGAGUGCUUACAUUUACUGUAGUUCUGCAAAUUUUUGCAAAGCUGUUUUGAUAGGAAUCUACACAAUUGGGUUAUAGUUAUCUUUCUUGUUGUGAACGGGCCUUCAGACUCCUUGCCCUCCAAUCAGAUUAGAGCUUGUGGUUUUUGGAAAGCUCUCAUUAUUUUAAGUGCAGUACUCAUGUUCUGUAUGGGUGUCCGAGACUACUUAACCCAAACUGACCCAAACUCCGUUAACGCACCACGUCACUACUCCGUCUGUGUGUGUUUUUGCUGUUCAGGAUCACAUACCUCUCCACAAUGACUCAGCCUGGGACUAGUUUUGCAUUAGUUUUGGGUGUUUGUAUGUUCAGCCUCAAUGUGCCUUAUUCAGAUGCCAAUAACCUCAGAGAUCACUGAAGGAAAUGCCAUGGGAGUGUGUGUGUGAGUGUGUGUGUGUGACGCUGAUGAUUUACUGUGUGAGAGAUCUGAGAUGCAGGAGGAAGUUUUAAUGCCUGAUUCAUGGAUAUGAUUCUUUUGAACCGGUUCUUGAUAAUGAUUAAUUCACCUGAUUCACAACAGAACAACUCAAAACAACUUAAAGGAAGGUUUCAGUUCAGAUGCUGUUCAUCACCAGCGAGAAUCAUUUGACUCACCCUUCAGAAUAUAAUUGUAUUUUAGUCUUUAAGCUUUUUUUUCAUUGUAUUGCGAUAAUGGUCUUUAGUGUAUCAAACUGAGCCAGAUGAUAACAACUGAAUGACUUAAAUCAAGAACCAGUUCAUUGAAACGAAUCGGCCGAAUUAAAUGAUUCACUGAAAUGAUUCAGACUAGAGGAGAGAAAUGAGAAACACAAAAGUGUUUACGCAAAUGACAGACAGCUGUCAAUCGCUGAUGAUGAUGGUGGUGAAGGUUAUGUGGAGAGUUCAAAGGUCAAUGUAAUGGACAUGUGGAAUAAAGAUGCAAGUUGUGUGAGUUUUAGAGUUGAUGUAGGGUUUUUAAGUUGUGAGUAAACAUGCUGAUGAUGGAUGUUUUAAACUUAAUCAGAUGGCAGAAAUAUUUUGACUAUUUAUUGGGAAUAUGAGUUGUUUGAUCCAGUUCAACAUUAUUUUUGAGUGGCAGAUUUAAAUCAGUCCUGCUUGCUUGAGGCUGCAGUGGUGUAUCAUGCUAGAUGCUCAGAAUCUCAACAGAUAUCGCACUGAAGAUUCCUACUGGAAAAUCUCACUGGACAUUCCCGUUGCAGAAUCUCAUUGGAGAAUUUCAUUAGAGAUUCUUAAGAAUAUUUCCACCAGAGAUUCCUACUGGAGAAUCUCUCUCUGAAGAGUCCCACUGGAGAAUCUCUCUCUGAAGAGUCCCACUGGAGAUUCCCACUAGAGAUUCCCACUGGAGAUUCUUAAGAAGGGUCUCACUGGAGAUUCCCACUGGAGAAUCUCUCUCUGAGGAGUCUCACUGGAGAUUCCCACUAGAGAUUCUUAAGAAGAGUCUCACUGGAGAUUCCCACUGGAGAAUCUCUCUCUGAAGAGUCCCACUGGAGAUUCCCACUGGAGAAUCUCUCUCUGAAGAGUCUCACUGGAGAUUCCCACUGGAGAAUCUCUCUCUGAAGAGUCCCACUGGAGAUUCCCACUGGAUAAUCUCUCUGAAGAGUCUCACUGGAUAUUCCCACUGGAGAUUCUAAAGAAGAGUCUCACUGGAUAUUCCCACUGGAGAUUCUUAAGAAGAGUCUCACUGGAUAUUCCCACUUGAGAUUCUUAAGAAGAGUGUCACUGGAGAUUCCCACUGGAGAAUCUCUCUCUGAAGAGUCCCACUGGAGAUUCCCACUGGAGAAUCUCUCUGAAGAGUCCCACUGGAGAAUCUCUCUCUGAAGAGUCCCACUGGAGAUUCCCACUGGAGAUUCUUAAGAAGAGUGUCACUGGAGAUUCCCACUGGAGUUUCUUAAGAAGAGUCUCACUGGAGAUUCCCACUGGAGAAUCUCUCUCUGAAGAGUCCCACUGGAGAUUCCCACUGGAGAAUCUCUCUCUGAAGAGUCCCACUGGAGAUUCCCACUUGAGAAUCUCUCUCUGAAGAGUCCCACUGGAGAUUCCCACUGGAGAAUCUCUUUCUGAAGGGUCUCACUGGAGAUUCCCACUGGAGAAUCUCUCUCUGAAGAGUCUCUCUGAAGAUUCCCACUGGAGAAUCUCUUUCUGGAGAUUCCCACUGGAGAAUCUCUCUGAAGAGUCUCACUGGAUAUUCCCACUGGAGAUUCUUAAGAAGAGUGUCACUGGAGAUUCCCACUGGAGAAUCUCUCUCUGAAGAGUCCCACUGGAGAUUCCCACUGGAGAAUCUCUCUCUGAAGAGUCUCACUGGAGAUUCCCACUGGAGAUUCUUAAGAAGAGUCCCACUGGAGAUUCCCACUGAAUAAUCUCUCUCUGAAGAGUCUCACUGGAGAUUCCAACUAGAGAUUCUUAAGAAGAGUCUGACUGGAGAUUCCCAGUAGAGAGCCUCACUAGAAAUUUUCAUUGGAGAUUCCCACUGCAUCCCGUCAGACAGAGAAAAUGCUUGAAUGUUCAGAGACACACGGGAGGCUGUUCUUGAGUUUUUGCUUCAUCAUGGUAUCUGUGUGGCAGGUGGACAGAGUUAUUACAGUGAGACAUGACAUCACUCAACUAUCACAGGAGCUUUUCUGACUGUGACUUUUAACACUUCUGGACAAUCAGCUGAUUAUGUUUUGAUGAUGAAGACGAUGUCUUUUAUUUACACUUGCAGACUAUUUCCUGCCGUAAUAUGACGUUUGUUUGGUUUCAUUUGCCUUUUUCAGUUUGAUUAUGAUUUCAUUGAGUAAUUAGUGUUUGUGCAGUUAUGUAUGUGUGCGAGGAAUCCGCUGAGUUCAUUUGCACAAACACACACGUGCACUGUUCACUCUGUGUGUGUUUUGUUUGAGGUUGACAUUGAUGUUGUUUCCAACAUGAUGAACCUCAAGUGUCUCACUGGACACAAGCUGCCACUUCUGUUUCUGCGCUUCUGUUUGUUUUAUUCUGGGUUUUGAGUUAUUUUUGAGUUUUAAAAUGGUUAAAAAUGUCAAUAAAGGACAAUGUAUAAAAA